UCAAGGACCUGCGAGACCGCGGCUUUACAAAAGCGUGACGUCACCGCUGACCGUCACAUCUUUGUCAGUGAACAAAAUGGCAACCUACUGUCUCACUGUCGCCCGGCUCCAGCUGGCUCUGGGUCACGGUGCACGUCGCCUGCAUGUAUCAGCAGCCUACCGAGCCAAGGCUCAAGUGUCCAUGAGCCGCUUUGAGCCCACCUCCUUCAUCAACUAUGAGAAGCUCCAAUCCAACGUUGACAUUGUGCGAAAAAGACUCAACCGGCCGCUCACCCUGUCGGAGAAGAUCGUGUACGGCCACCUCGAUGACCCCCACAACCAAGAGAUCGACCGUGGUCGCACUUACCUCCGGCUACAUCCUGACCGCGUGGCCAUGCAGGACGCCACAGCCCAGAUGGCGAUGCUUCAGUUCAUCAGCAGCGGCCUGCCGAGGGUGGCCGUGCCCUCCACCAUCCACUGUGAUCACCUGAUCGAGGCCCAGACCGGAGGCCCGAAGGAUCUGGCCAGAGCAAAGGAAAUCAACGAGGAGGUUUACAACUUCCUGUCCAGCGCUGGGGCAAAAUAUGGAGUUGGCUUCUGGAAACCAGGCUCUGGAAUCAUCCAUCAGAUCAUCCUGGAGAACUACGCCUACCCAGGAGUGAUGCUGAUCGGCACAGAUUCCCACACACCAAAUGGUGGCGGGCUUGGUGCCAUCUGCAUCGGCGUUGGAGGAGCAGAUGCUGUAGAUGUCAUGGCAGGAAUCCCAUGGGAGCUCAAGUGCCCCAAGGUGAUUGGUGUGAAGCUGACAGGCACCCUCUCAGGCUGGACGUCUCCUAAGGAUGUCAUCUUGAAGGUGGCCGGCAUCCUGACAGUGAAAGGAGGCACCGGAGCCAUUGUGGAAUACCACGGACCAGGAGUUGACUCUAUUUCUUGCACCGGAAUGGCCACCAUUUGCAACAUGGGAGCAGAGAUUGGAGCCACGACCUCCGUGUUCCCCUACAAUCACCGCAUGAGGACCUACCUUGAGAAGACUGGACGUGGACAGAUUUCUGCCCUGGCUGAUAAAUACUCUGACUUGUUGGUACCAGAUGAAGGCUGCGAGUAUGACCAGAUCAUCGAGCUCAAUCUGGACGAGCUGAAACCUCACAUCAACGGACCCUUUACCCCUGACCUGGCUCACCCAGUGUCUGAUGUGGGUGCUGUUGCUGAGAAGAACGGCUGGCCGCUGGAGGUCAAAGUUGGUCUGAUCGGCAGCUGUACCAACUCCAGCUACGAGGACAUGGGUCGCGCUGCCUCUGUGGCCAAGCAGGCUUUGGAUAAAGGCCUGAAAUGCAAAGCUCAGUUCACAGUUACCCCCGGCUCCGAGCAGAUUCGUGCCACCAUAGAAAGAGAUGGAUAUUCGAAGAUCCUUGGUGCUGUUGGAGGUGUAGUCCUGGCCAACGCAUGUGGACCCUGCAUUGGACAGUGGGACAGGCGUGACGUAAAAAAGGGAGACAAGAACACCAUCGUCACCUCCUUCAACAGAAACUUCACUGCUAGGAAUGACGCUAACCCUGCAACACACGCCUUUGUUACUUCCCCUGAGAUCGUCACCGCCCUCGCAAUCGCCGGCACAUUGAGCUUCAACCCAGAGACUGAUUACCUCACAGCUCCCAAUGGUGAGAAGUUCAAGCUGGAGCCCCCUACCGGAGAUGAACUACCCGCUAAGGACUUUGACCCGGGCCAGGACACCUACCAGCACCCACCUGCUGACGGCCAGGUUCUUAAGGUGAACGUCAGCCCUGAGAGCAACCGGCUACAGCUGCUGGAGCCCUUUGACAAAUGGAGCGGGAGUGAUCUGGAGGACUUGAACGUCCUCAUCAAGGUGAAGGGCAAAUGCACCACAGACCACAUCAGUGCUGCUGGACCUUGGCUGAAGUUCCGCGGCCACCUGGACAACAUUUCCAACAACAUGCUGAUCGGUGCCGUCAACAGCGAGAACGACGCCAUCAACAAGAUCAAGAACCACCUGACAGGAGAGUACGGAGGAGUCCCUGAUGUGGCCCGACACUACAAGGCCAACGGUGUGCACUGGGUUGUUGUUGGAGACGACAAUUACGGUGAGGGGUCCAGCAGAGAGCAUGCCGCGCUGGAGCCCAGACAUCUGGGUGGAAGAGCCAUCAUCGUCAAGAGCUUCGCCAGAAUUCAUGAAACCAACCUGAAGAAGCAGGGUCUGCUGCCGCUCACCUUCAGCAACCCAUCAGACUACGACAAGAUCCGGCCUGAUGACAAGCUCUCCAUCAAAGGACUCAAAACCUUUGCUCCAGGAAAGCCUCUUUCUGCAGUCGUGAAGCACAGCGACGGCAGCGAGGAGACGCUGGAACUGCUCCACAGCUUCAACGAGACACAGAUCGAAUGGUUCAAGGCAGGCUCCGCCCUCAACAGGAUGAAGGAGCUGCAGCAUUGAAGAGGAUGAUUGAGGGGGCGGGGGGGGGGGCAGGGUGGUGAGGAUUGUGGGGAGGAUUGUGGGGAAGAAGAGGGAUGAAGAAUGUAGAUCCCGUUAACGAUUGUUCCGUCAUGUGCAUUUGCACACAGUUUGGACUGAAGUAACGCGUCGGUAUACCUCUGAGAGUUGAAUGUUAACUUCAGACUAAGUGCCAAGCAAAUGUUGAUGAAGGAACAAUGGCAACUGGUCUAAAAAGGUACUAUGCUGCUAUGUGAUAACAAGCUAGAAUUCAGUCUGUAAAAACAAAAAGGGACACACAAACACACACACACACACUUUGACACACUAAGCUUUGACCCACACGGUGACAUAAUACCCUGCCAGCUGAUGUGCUGCCUGUGUUUCUGCAGCUGUUCAAACAGGUUCAGCACAGCCUUUGGAGAUCACUUCACGCUGGAGCUCAUGCGGCUGAUCACGCUCAGUCACCUUGUCGCUUCAGGAUUGUGUUGCACACUGCAUGGCAAUAUUAACAACACGUUCAGUCAUCCAUCCUGAGCAGGUAAACACUGCUGCUCGCCCCAUCUCUGGGUCCAUUUGUUGUUCAGUUUAGUCGCAAUCAUCACAUGCAUUCAAAAGGAACUUGUGGGCGAACAUUUAAUUAUUAUCUCAUGUACUUGUUUGCCUCCUAGUGGCCACAAGGAGAUACUGUAGUGUGUAUAAGGCACUGUAGGUUGCUAAUUUUAUCUCAAUGCCCUCUUUGAAAGCAGCACCUAGUUGGUCUUCUAGGGAUUGUUGAAAGUCAUUUUGGGAAGUGUAGGACUCACAUAAGUGCUUGAGACAGUUUGAGUGCAGGUGGAUUCAACAACCAAAUAACAGCGUAACUUUGUGGGGGUUUUUUUAUGUAUCACAGUACAUACUGUCAGAAAGCUGCAGAAAACCCUCUUCUUCCCUGACACCAUCACUACCACCAUCUUUAACUGCCCUCCUGAAUUAUCCAAACCUCUUUGCAAGGUCAAAUACAUCAAAUGGUUUUUCCCAUUGUUUAUUUAUUUAUACUUUUUUUUUUUCUUCCUGCAAAAGGUUCAGAUCUUGUGUGUAUUUACAUGAAAGGCUUUGUUAAAAUCAGUUUUCUUCCCAAACUGGAUCAACUUUGACUUCCAUCCCAGAUAUUAACGCCCUUAUUGUAGGGUAACAAAUGACAUUUAACAGUAAUAAGAUAAAUGGGCACACUCAAAUGUCACAAAUGGCAAUGGAGAAGAAUUGAAAACAAUGUUGUGAUGAUGUUAUAUUGUAAAUGACAACUUGCAUUAAUGUGGGCACUCAUCAGAAAGCAGAUUACUGUGUCAGCUGGUUUUGGUCCUCUGUUGAUAGAGUUCAUUGAAUUUCACUCCAAAUCCUCGAGAUGGGGGAUCGUGACAUCCGAUCAGAUGAUCAAAAAGAUGUGUUUUUGUCUGUGCAAACAAAAUACAGUUCAGAAGAUGUUAAUCACAUGAGGUGAAGUUGUACCUCUCUCGUCCUCUAACCCACUGUAUUUAAAGCGUCUGGUUCCAUGUACAUUUAUGUGUUUGUGGGUUUUUUGGUUUUUUGUUUUGCUCCCAGUCUUUCUGUGUUACAGAAAUGCCAAUGGGUUGUAAAAUAAAAAAAAUCCACAGAUCUCAUUUAUAUCGGCUACAGUGAUGUGAUAUAGUUAUGGAGCUUUACAAUGACAUACACAUCCAUCCUCUUGUGAAUAGAUAUAAUGUAUCAUAUAUGAUAUGGGUAGGAUGACCCUGAUUAAAUAAACAGAGCAUUAAAGCUCAGAUCUGAGGAAAAAAUUAAUAAAUCUGCUGCCACAGAAGAGGGAAGAGGUGCUCUCAAUAAAUCUCAUUCAAAAAUAAAUCUCAAUGAAUUAGAA